ACCCCGGCGCCGCCGCCGCCGUGGGGUCCCGCCCACCGCUGUGACGCAGCGUUACAAGGGCGGUGGGGCUGGGCUCCUCCUCCUUCUCCUCCUCCUCUUCUCUGCCGAGUCGCCGGAAUGCCGAAGCUUAGCAAGGAGGCCAAGCAGCGGCUACAACAGCUCUUCAAGGGCGGCCAGUUCGCCAUUCGCUGGGGCUUCAUCCCCAUUGUGCUUUACCUCGGUUUUAAGAGAGGUGCAGAUCCUGGGAUGCCUGAGCCAACCAUCUGGAGUCUACUUUGGGGAUGAAGGAUGUGGCAGUCCUGUUCUAGAAGCAGCUGAUGGACAGAGGAAGUGUCUGAAGAUAUGUACAUUCCAGAGGAUGAGGUGGACACUUACUCCAGAUGGCCCAAUCAGCUUGCUAAUGACAUAGGUUGUACAUACAACCAAGUGGAGUUUAUAUGGACCUAACUUAUUUGCAUUACAGUGUAAUUAAAUAAAUACAGUUUGAAUGGA